UACGACAAAUUGCAAGUCUAAAAAACAGUAUAAAUUGUAUGGACCUGUUUGGGCGUUGCAUGUGUGGUCGCUUGAGAUUGUGCCCAAUUUAGGUAAUGUGGUCGGUAAUUGUGUUGCUGAGUUUGCGCACCCUAGAUGUUUGAAGUGGAAGUUUCGUAGUAGACCGACUACGAAGGAUUUACGGCCCUUCUUCGAGAAAGAGGAGCAAGAGAUAUUGGAGUUGGUCGCAGACGAAUUUGAAGUCAGCACUAUGUACUACUUAUCUACCAUUGGUGUGUAUAUGGGGGCACAGCAUGAUGAAGCUCGUGUGUAUAUGGGGGCACAACAUGAUGAAGCUCCUAAUCAGGAUUUCCCACAUGGGCCUUCACACGACAUUCAUGUUGAAGAGCAAGAACAAGAGGAAGGAGGAGCUCUGCAUGAUAUACCUAUUUCUGCGCAUGAUUUGGCUGCGACAGUGAUGGACACACGGGCGCGGAGUUCAUCUUCCCAUGAAGAGGGUCGUCGUAGACGAGCUAGGGAAAAGCGUGUUCGGCCACCUACUACAUCUUCAUCAUCUAGUAGCGGCGAUCAUGCUAACCGGCGUGUAGACCGUGAAUUUAUGGAGACAGUUGUGAGGAGGAUGGAUGAGGCACACGAGGAGUGAAUGAAAAGGCACAUCGAUGCUUUACAUGAACGGGUCAAGGGGACAUUGAAGGGGUUUUUCGAGGAGUUGAAGGGUUUUUUUAGUUGUAAGAGUGUCCGAGCUACGGUUGUUCGUUCUCCUGUUCAUCGACCUACACCGGCACCCGAUGCAAGACAGAGUGAUGAUAUACCCGA